AUGACAGCCAUGAUGCAAUGGCAAGUCAACAAGCAGUUCAGGAAGGACCGUGAGGCUGCUAUGGCCAGAAUUCCAAACCCAGACGUUGUGGUACAGCAGCUAGACCUCCCUUAUGGACCUCCACCAGGACUGCCAUGGCCAUACCAAGAAAAUCAUCUCAUCACACAGAUAGCUAGAAUACUAGGACAUGGAGAAAUCCAAGCUGGAUAG